AUGAGCUACUACUUUGCCAUUGUCGGCACCCAGGACAAUCCCCUGUUCGAGUAUGAGUUCGGCACCUCCAAGCAGGGCGGCGAUGGCCAGUCUCGCUUCACCGAACAAGUGCGACACUUGAACCAGUUCAUUCUUCACUCGAGCCUGGACAUAGCCGAGGAGGUGCAGUGGUCGAGUGGCCAGAUGUAUCUCAAGUGCAUCGACAAGUUCUUCAACAACUACAUCUCCUGCUUCGUCACCGGCGGCAACGUCAAGUUCUUGCUGCUGCACCAACCCACCACCCCGACCUCGACGGCAACGUCCAGAUCGUCGACCGCUAUUGGCGCCAACCCGACGAGUCCGGCCACCGAAGAGGCAAUCAAGAUGUUCUUCACGGAAGUGUACGACAACUGGGUCAAGGCCAUCAUGAAUCCAUUUUACAAGGCAAAUAUGGAGGUUCGGAGUCCCAUCUUUAGAGCAAGGGUAGCAGCUGCUGGACGGAAAUACCUAUAG